AUGUCCAGUGUGGCGUCAGGAUCAGCCUCAGCGUCAGGAUCUGGAUCUGGAUCAGCCUCCGCCACAAACUCAGGCUCAGGAUCUGGGUCUGGAUAUGGACCAAGUCGUGCAUUCAGUUUUGCGAACCCUCAAUUUCAGACAGACAAGCAGCAAAGUGCCCCCACAGGUCCCCAUGCCAGCCAACUUAUGGAUACAAUUCGCGAUGUGGCGGUGUUUGCUUGGGGUAUCGUGGGUAUCAAUCGCUCUUUGGAGCGAUAUAAAUAUGGGACCCCGUCGGGUGAUGCGCAGCCCAAGGAUGCUUUUAUUGAUGGUGCUUGA